CGCUAUAACUUUGACCUACAUUCAACCUUCAAUCCGAGUUAUUACCUGCUUCCACGCUUGUCCGCACACAAUCAGUGCUUUGGCCUCUCUACUACCUGUACUUGGGCUUCCCUCGUGAUGUACUAAAGAUUCCUUCCAGGCAGAUCUCGACGAAGGCUUAGACUGUUCUAAUUAUGCCCAGGACAAGCUCAGGAGUUAUAUUCUGACCUAAUGGAAGGAAGUUCCAGAGGGACCUUACCAUGGACGAUACCAGCACGGCUCGGGCGUCUUCAACACUUCCUCACCAUCGCGACUCAGAAGCUACCACCGUCCGUGUCGACGUAGGACAUUUCGACCCCGAUGGCAUGCAAGAUUUGCGAAGGACGUUCUCGAAGCGUUCUAACUUAGGGGAUGAUAGUGCCUCGUCGUCUACCAUAGGAAAUUCAGAGGGUUUUGACUUUCAGAAGACGCUAAGGGAGUUCAUUAGGAAACGCGACGAUGCUCAGGUCAAAGCUCGUGAGUUGGGCGUUGUGUUUAGGAAUCUCCGUGUCGUUGGGAUGGGUGCAUCGUCUUCGCAUCAGCCUACGCUUGGAACAGCUUUGGAUCCAAGGAGCAUUCUCGGUAUCAUUCAAAAGAUUCGGCAUCCACCUGUUCGCGAUAUUAUCAGCGGGUUUGAAGGGGUGGUGCGUCCUGGAGAAAUGCUGCUUGUACUGGGCCGUCCAGGAUCAGGAUGUUCUACUCUGCUCAAGACACUGGCCAAUCAACGAGCAGAAUAUCAUACCGUAGAAGGCGAUGUUCGAUAUGAUUCCAUCUCUCCAGGAGAGCUCGAGAAGCACUACCGCGGUGAUGUUCAAUACUGUCCGGAGGGUGAUACCCACUUUCCUACCCUUACUGUUGAGCAGACUGUCUCUUUCGCUGCGAAGACACGGUCUCCCCGUGCGCACAUGGGUCUGGCCACAUCUGAAGAUGAAUAUAGCGAGCUAGUUACGGACGUUCUAUGUACGGUCUUCGGUCUUCGACAUGCAAGGAAGACGCCUAUCGGGAAUGCCUCAAUUCGUGGGGUGAGUGGCGGAGAAAAGAAGCGUGUGUCCAUUUGUGAAGCGCUCGCGGCUAGAAGUUGUAUCGGCUUGUGGGAUAAUUCCACGCGCGGCCUAGAUUCUUCUACAGCAUUGGAAUUUGUACGGGCACUGAGAAUCGCAACUGACAUGAUGCGUCUUACGACGAUCGUCUCAAUUUAUCAAGCUGGCGAGCCGUUGUAUCGGUUAUUCGAUAAAGUGUGCGUCAUAUACGAAGGCAAAAUGGCGUAUUUUGGCCCGGCGUGUGCAGCGAGACAAUAUUUUAUCGAUUUGGGAUAUAAUCCUGUAAAUCGACAAACCACUGCCGACUUCCUUGCAGCUGUGACUGAUCCAAUGGCACGCCUUCCGAGAUCCGACGUUCUGUCCAUCCCUCGCACGGCCGAGGAUUUUGCUAGACACUUCAAGCAGUCUCAAUUGGGACAGGAAAAUCUGGCCGACAUAGCAGCUUACGAAGGGGAAAUCGAAGCCGAGGAGAAAUCUUCAACGUUCAAAGAGAGUGUUCGGGAGGAACAUGCGGCCGCAAGCAGGAAGAAAAGUCCUUAUACAAUCAGCAUCACAAUGCAAGCUCGUGCUGUAAUGUUACGAAAGAUGCAGAUCAUGCAUGGUGAUAUGCUAGCCAUAGGGUUGACUUUUUCGACCUACGUUAUAAUAGGCAUCAUCAUAGGAUCUGUCUUCAUGAAUAGUCCGGAAACUACGGUGGCUUUUUAUUCACGGGGUGGUGUUCUUUUCUUCGUUCUGUUAUUUUCGGCAUUAACUUCAAUGGCCGAGAUCCCUUCGUUAUUCUCUCAGCGUCCUAUCGUCGAAAGACACAAGAAGGCCGCUCUGUAUCAUCCCUUUGUGGAAGCUACUGCGUCAACGUUGGUCGAUAUACCCUUAACAUUUGUGACCAGCAUAGUUUUCGGUGUUGUUGUAUAUUUUAUGGUUAAACUUCAGCAAUCAGCGGCGCAAUUCUUCACUUUCUUCCUCUUUAUUUUCGUUACAUCCUUAGCGAUGAAGGCAUGGUUUAGGGCAAUUUCGGCUGCUUGUAAAGCCAGCGCUCCCGCUCAAAGUUUGGCAGGCAUAUCUAUUUUAGCCCUUGGAUUAUACACGGGUUAUACCGUUCCUAAGCCAUCCAUGGUCAGUGCUUUCAAGUGGAUUUCAUAUGUCAACCCUUUGAAAUAUGGAUUCGAUGCUAUUAUGAGCAAUGAGUUCCAUACUAUUAAUGGCGCAUGUUCUCAAAUCAUACCGCGAGGAUCCGUGUACAACCAAGCGCCUCUGGAAAAUCAGGUCUGUACAAUCGUUGGUUCCGAACCAGGGAAGGCAUUUGUAUCAGGGUCACGAUUCCUGAAGCUUUCAUAUGACUACGCGUAUUCCAACAUUUGGACGAACUUGGUUAUUCUUAUAGCCUUCGAAGUAGCCUACUGUAUCGCUCUCUUUAUUCUGACCGAGUAUAACACGCAUUCCGAGGGAGAAACGUCUGUCGUCCUUUUCAAACCAGGCACCAAAAUUUUACUUCCAACUUCUGCCCACGACGAAGAAAAGGCGAUAUCCCAAUCGGUACCUCUCGACAACAAUGAUACGAGUGAGAAGGCAAAACAGCCAUCUCUCCAUCGACCGAUUUUUUCAUGGCAACACCUUCAAUACACAGUGCCCAUAUCUGGUGAGGAAGACAGACGUCUCCUCGAUGAUGUAUCAGGCUAUGUAGUUCCUGGGAAAGUGACAGCGCUCAUGGGAGAAUCUGGCGCCGGCAAAACUACACUACUCAAUGUUCUUGCGGAAAGAAUAACGACUGGUGUGGUAACCGGUGAUAGGUUUGUCAACGGACAGUCACUGCCUCCGGAUUUCCAAGCACAAACUGGCUACUGUCAACAGUUGGACACCCAUGUUCCGUCAGCCACCGUUCGGGAGGCACUGUUAUUUUCUGCGAAGCUUCGGCAGCCGCCGAGUGUGCCAUUAGUUGAAAAGCAGGCCUAUGUCGAAGAAUGCUUGAAGAUGUGUGGACUAGAAGCUUAUGCCGAUGCUUGCGUUGGCUCACUUAGUAUAGAACACCGAAAGCGUACAACAAUUGGCGUCGAGCUUGCCGCAAAGCCCGCACUGCUGCUCUUCUUAGACGAGCCGACGUCCGGCCUCGAUUCACAAAGCGCUUGGGCUAUCAUGUACUUCCUACGGCAGCUGGCUGAUAGCGGACAAGCAAUUCUCUGCACAAUACAUCAGCCCUCGGCCGAACUAUUCCAAGUCUUUGACCGGCUCCUCCUUCUCCAAAAAGGUGGACAAACCGUCUAUUUUGGCGACCUCGGCCCACACUCUUCUACUGUCAUCCGCUACUUUGAGACGCACGGAUCGCGUCCAUGUCUUCCGGAUGAAAACCCUGCGGAAUUUAUGCUCGACGUCAUCGGUGCAGGUGCCACAGCCAAGAGCACGCAGGACUGGCACCAUGUCUGGCGGGAGUCGUCUGAGUUCCAGGAGGUGCAACGGCAGAUCGCUGAUAUUCACACCGCGGGCCGAAUUCACCCGCCCGUGCAAGCAGCAUAUACCCCGACGUCGUGGCUAUACCAGAUGCAUGUUCUUCUCCACCGAAACACCAUUGCUUUCUGGCGGAACCCGACGUACAUCAUGUCUAAGAUGGUUCUUAAUGCUAUCGGAGGACUGUUCAUCGGUGUGACGUUCUAUCACUCGGAGGAUAGUCAGCAGGGAACAUUGAAUAAGAUUUUCGCUGUGUUCAUCCCUACUGUACUCUGUGUCCCGAUGGGCGGCCAGAUACAAGUGCAAUUUGCUAACAUGCGAAGCGUGUAUGAAAUCCGGGAGCGUCCGAGUAAGAUGUACAACUGGAGUGCGCUGGUCACUGCACAAAUACUAGCAGAAGUCCCGUGGGGUAUCUUUGCUUCCAGUUUGCUCUUCUGCACGUGGUAUUGGGCUGUCGGAUUUGAAACCUCGCGGGCUGGGUACACCUAUCUUAUGCUCGGAGUUCUGUAUCCUCUGUAUACGUCAACGUUUAGCCAGGCUAUAGCAGCUAUGGCGCCCAGAGCUGAGAUCGCCACCGUCCUUUUCUCGCCAUUCGUUUCGUUCGUGAUUAUAUUCAACGGCGUCCUUCAACCGUACGGUCUUCUAGGUUGGUGGAAGUGGAUGUACCGUCUCUCCCCAUUUACCUAUCUCCUUGAGGGGAUUAUUGGAUACGCCGCAGGAAACUCUCUUCUAACGUGUUCCUCCCUCGAAUAUGUCACCCUUGUGCCACCGGAGGGCCGAACAUGCAGCGAGUACAUGGACCUCUUUAUCGGCUAUGCAGGCGGUUACCUCCUCGACCCUUCCGCCACAGCCGCAUGCUCUUUCUGCCCCUUCCGCACCUCGGAAGCCUACCUCGAGUCGAACUUCAAUAUCAAAUAUGAUAAUCAUUGGCGCGACAUGGGUGUCUUUGUGGGGUUCAUAGUUUUUAAUAUCAUAAUGGUAUACGUACUGACGUACUUCUUCCGUAUACGCUCGGGUAGCCUUGUUCCCUCUUUUUUGCGACGAAAAUGACGUUGAUAAUUUGCACAUUCUUUUUCUAUCUUUUCCUGACCAUGACGCACUAUCCUCAGAUACAACACACGGACUUGUGUAAUCUCCUUGUACGAAGUAAUGAAAAUACAAGUAAUGCCCAGUUUUAGACUGCAA